CGGCUACGCCGCGGUCGCCUCCGCGGUGAUCGCUCCGAGCUACGAACAGCUACGAAGUGCUUAAUGUGACACGACGCUGGAAUAAAACCUGGUAAAUAAGUUAAAGUGAAAAGUGAUCACCAAAGUGUUGCCUAGUGCCGGAAUAUUUUAGAAGAAAAAUUUGUUGAUAUGAUUUAUAAAAGUUUUUGCCGUUUCACGCGGAUACUUUUAUUUUUGUAUCUUAUUCAAGGUUCAUUCAGUCUCAAAAAUGUCUAUAUGAUGAUACCAGAAGCUGUGGAACGUGGCAAGCCGGCAGUCAUUAAAUGUAUGUACGAUCUAGAAAAGGAGGAUUUAUACCAAGUGAAAUGGUACAGAGGUGAUAGAGAAUUCUGUCGCUAUUCACCACGAGACGUACCGCCCCUUAAAGUAUUUCCGAUAUCGGGAAUAGACGUGGAUAGGGACGCUAGCGAUGCCAAGCAAGUAACAAUAAAGGCUGCGACGAAGAGAGCUCAUGGAAGAUACACCUGCGAAGUGUCUGCAGAUGCACCGUCCUUCUUAACAGCUCAAAUGCAUGGUUUUAUGCACGUUGUGGAUCUACCAAAGUCUGAUCCAGAAUUAAUAGGACUAAAAAAGAGAUAUAAGCCGGGAAUGAAGCUUAAAGUGGAGUGCAUUAGUUACGACUCUAUGCCACCAGCCAAUCUUUCUUUCUUUGUGAACAGUGAGCCGGCACUUUCACAACACGUUUGGCAUAGAGUGAGCGGAGGCGAGAACGGUAGCUUGUGGACUGCCUACAGUACCAUACAGUUUACAGUGCAAAAACAUCACUUCGUGAGAAGUAAAAUAAAGAUCCGAUGCUCCGCGUACAUCUACUCGAUAUACUUCAAAAGCCACGAGCAGGUGACGGAUGAAGAAGACCCUAGAACGACCGUCGCACCGGCACCUGAAACUAAUCGCGCCGUUUUGUUUCCAAUACAUCGUGUUUCUGAAAACAGUGCUUUAUCUAACAGCGCAACUUUGAACAGCGACAUAAGGCAAUCAUUCAAAUUAGCACUUAUAAUCUUUUUGUAUCAUAUUGCUAGAUAAAUAAUAUAAACAUUAGCUAGGUACUUGCUGUUUGAUCACAAUAAAAUAUAUACGAAUAUUGAUAGUGAGGUUUAUGAAUGUAAAAAAUAUAAACUGAGAACUUAAACUUUUCAAAGUCUAAUACUUUACUGUUAGUUUAAGUUUUUGAUUAAAGUUUUUGAACUUUCUCAUAUUUAUGUACAUUUAUAUUAUAUUCCAGAUUUGGAAUUUAUGUUAAUUUGUAUUAUAUUCCAGAAUACUGUGAUAUGGAAUUUUUAUGUAAUAAAACAUUCAUAAAUUAAUAUUCCAUGAUGCAUUUUGUUGUGAUCAUUUAGUAGUUUAUAGAUAAAAAAAAAUAUUUAAUGUUAUUCAAGAACCAAGGACGUUGAUGUUUUCAUGACUGAUGUUUCAAUUCGUGGAUUGUUCAUACUUGUAGUUGUGCCAAUCCGAAUUUACUCUAUCUGUAUUUUAUGAAAUGAAAUACAUCUAUUAAUAACUUCUACUACAUUGGAUUAUAUGGAAAAGUAUGAAUAUAUAUGUUUUUUAAUGAUUAAAACUAAAUAAAUUUUCAUGUCACUGAUUAAAACAGAAGUUACACUCACUUAAUGUUUAACGUUAAAUAUACGUUCAUAAAGACUUAUGAUAUUCUACUUGAUAGACAUCAAAUUACAAUUUUAUGAAAUCAAUAAAAUUAUCAAGGAAUACUAUAGCAAAUUCUUGAUUUAAUUUCGUGUUGUACGUACUUCUAAGAAGAUAUAUGAUAACACUAACGCAAUUUUUUGUUUUUCUGAUUGGGUGAAUAAUUUAUUUAAAUUAUAAUUUAACCAUUGUUUACGAAGAGUUUAUGUUUAAAUUUAUAUACUAGUGUAUUUAAAAUAAGAAAUAUGUAUGUAUAUGUAAAUAAAAUAAAAUUGUUGUAUUUAA